GGCCGAGUGACGACAGGCAUGUUUUGCUAACGGUUAGCUACAGUAGGCUAACUUUGUUUGUCUUAUAGUUGGCUUCUCAUUCUAAUCUCCCCGAAGUUGCCAGAUGCAGCUUGCCCCUUUGGAAUAUUUUACCUGAAUGUAAAUUUAUAAAUUUUUAAAAACCCAGUCAUGAACGGGAGUACGAAUCCACUGCUGGACAAAGAAGAGCAUGUUUUGAAGCUCGGAGAAAGCUUUGAGAAGAGGCCAAAAUCUUCCUUUCACACCAUCAGAUAUGACUUCAAACCGGCGUCUAUCGACACAAGCUGUGAGGGAGAAUUACAAGUUGGGAAAGGAGAUGAAGUUACCAUAACGUUACCUCACAUACCGGGUUCCACACCUCCCAUGACGGUAUUCAAAGGAAACAAGCGGCCAUACCAAAAGGACUGUGUGCUUAUCAUUAACCACGACACCGGGGAAUUCGUACUGGAGAAGCUGAGCAGCAGCAUCCAAGUCAAGAAAACCAGGGCGGAGGGCAGCAGUAAAAUCCAGGCCCGGAUCGAGCAGCAAUCUGUUCGGUCCAGCCAGCCCAGCUCUCAGUUCCGGGCCCCGACCAAGCCUGGGGCCGGGGUCAAGACCUCUCCAUCUCCUUCUAAGGAUAAUCCCUCCCCAGAGCCUCAGCUCGAUGACAUUAAGAGAGAGCUGCGAGCGGAGGUGGAGGUGAUAGAGCAGAUGAGCAGCAGCGGCAGCAGCUCCUCUGACUCAGCCAGCGCCUCUGGGAGUGGCGACGACAGCAGCAGUGACGGCGAGCACGACACCCCCCGACUGCUCAGCCAACUGUCACCCAACCGCCCCCCCAUGGCCAACGGAGGAGCCGACCGGCAGCAGGGCAACAACCAGCUCAUGAACACACUCCGAAACGACCUUCAGCUCAGCGAGUCGGGCAGCGACAGUGAUGACGACUGAACAUUCUGCGGGUCAGUCUCUCUCUCUCUCUCUCUCUCUCUCUCUCUCUCUCUCUCUCUCUCUCUCUCUCUCUCUCUCUCUCUCUCUCUCUCUCUCUCUCUCUCUCUCUCUCUCUCUCUCUCUUCUCUCUCACACUCCCCUUCCUCCUUUCUGCCUGGUUCACUUGUUUCUUUGCUGUGAUAGCUGACCCCAGCUGUAUAUCUUGGUUUGACUGUAUUUUUAAAUUUUAUUUCAGUAUAUCCUUAAAGCUGGCCAGCCUGGAACUUGAAGAGUGUAUUUUUAUUAGAUGUAUAUUUUGUUUUGUAUAGCAAAACUUUAGAAAAAGAAACUUAUACUUGAGAGGUUUGGAAGAUUAUAUAUUAAAGCGCACAUACAUAUUUUCUGUACUUAGAGCAGCUAGUUUUAUCUACUUCUAUUGUAUCAUCUGUUUUUGUUUUGUCUUUAUGUUAAGACAUGGAAGAGAUUGUCUUGAAAUAUCUCUCACCUUGUCCCAUCGUUUAUCAGAGAAGGUUGUGGGAAGCCUCUCCACAUCGACGUGGUGCACAGAUCUGUGCAUGAGUAAUUAAUCAAAGAGAAAAAAAACACAUCCAUUUUGUCAUCAGCUUGUCCAGAGUGUAGAUCAGUGUGGAGCACAAAACAAUCGGCUGUACUCUAUGCCUUCCUAAUUUUAACUUUACUUUUACAGUUGUAGUUUUAAACUGUUUGCUGGUUAUUUUAAAAAUGAAUCUCACCCUUAUUCAUUAGAAAUGAAUAAAGACUGUGGUGUUAUUCUCUAUUUUUGUUAAUGUCAACACAUUCCACUAAAAGACCAAAACUGAAAAUGUGUGUUAGCCCGUCUACUUUCUGACUUCCUUACUUGGAUACACAGUACUUGUUAGGAUCAGUUUGUUGUUGGUAUUGGUCUUUUAAUGGAAUUUGUUGAUAAUAAGAGAGGUUGUCAACCAGUAUUGUUCAUUAAACACUUAUCUAGUUACAAGAUCUAUCUCACACAUCAAAGCUGCUGAUGUUAACGCAGCGUUCAGUGAUUUAUUUACCACUAGGUGGCAGAAAGGACUCAAAAAACAAAGUCACAGACAGCAGACCAGAUAUGUGUCAGCUCAUCAUGUUGCUAACGUGUUGAGUGUAAGUCCAGUAUCUGGUCUCCACCAACUCUUGGCUACAGCUGUUGUUGAGAACCUCACAAACACAAACAUGCAGUCUGCCUGUACAAAAACAAUAAGCUAAUAACAAAGGCUAAAAAUCCCAUUUGAGCUGCAAAGUUGGCUGUUUUUGGCAUUGUUACCAAAUAAAGCCAAUGGAGUGUACACUACAUGCCCUGCAUUAAACAGGGGAGUUGAUAAGUUGGUAAUUUGCUUCUACAAAUGCAUUUUCUCAGCUAUGCGUUGGUAUCGCUGUCAUUACUUUCUUCCUUCUUAUCCCUUUUCAAUGUCACAAUACAGCUAACAGACUCACAGUAUAACCAGUUGCAGUAUCAUAGUAGGUUUUCAGAGAAUUACUGAUGAUAUUAGACCCUCCACUGUCAUUAAUUAGUUGAAGAUAAUCAGUGAAGUCUAUCAGUAGGUUAAAAGUUGGGUCUAGAAUUGAAAUUAUACAGGAUUGAGUCUGGAAAAAGGAAAAAUCCUUUCAGAGAGUUUACAAUAUAUUUUUUUUCAAAUUACCACUAUUCAUUUAAAGUUUGUUGUAUCAGUUGUGUCAGUGUUUUCAAACAGAUAAUAUCAUAUUUUUGAUCCAAAAUGUUAAUAUAAUACUUCUACCGUGGUACCAUUCCAUGCCUUACAGCAUUUCAGUUUGGAAAUAAAGGUGAAUGUGUCAUUGAAUGAAAAUGCCAAAGAGUAGAACCGCCCCUCAUCGUGUGCAGAGAGCAGGAACAUUCACAGUGUAACGGUGUCAUGUCAGUGUAAAUACUGUUUGUGUUGUGUUGUAGUGAAGUCAGUGAUGGUUCCCCUUAUCCGCAGGAGCUACUGGUGUUAGUGAACAUCAUUUGGUGUUGGUUGUACAGUAAAUCAUUAUUAAUUAAAGAAACCCUGAUGAGUUUCGUUGCAAAAUGCAAGUUUAAUUCAGUUUUUUUUUUUUUGGAAUUA